AUGGCCGCACCUAUGUCCUUCUUCGCGCGACCAGCGCCCCUCGAGAGUCGCGACCGCGCACUCCAGCCUGCCAAACGCGUCGCGUCCCCCAUCGUCGUGGUCGCCGGCCCCAGCAAGCGCGUCAAGAUUUCCUCCAACUCAUCCUCCCCCGCCGCAUCUGACAAGACUCGCGAGCGCCAGCCUCUCACUCCCCACGCGUCGAGCGACGGACCCAGUCCCGACGCCGACCACGGCGCAAUGUCCGCCGCUCACCGCGACGCGUCCAAACCCUCAUCCUACCCUGCCCACGCCACCCUGCGCCGUGCACCACCCACCCCGGGCACGUCGACGGUCGCCGCGUCCUCGUCUCCCCGUCGUCUGGCGCUCUCAUCAUCGCCGCGCAUGGGCGCCGCCCGCCUCAAGCCCCACACCGAUGUCGUCCUCGACGACACCACCACCCUCGUGUUCGGUCGCCACCGCCCACACCGUGUCGGCCCUGGUGUCCACGCGGCACCCACUUCGCUCGUCCCCCGCCUCGUGUUCCCGGACCGCCCCGCGCGCACCAUCUGCCUUGACCGUGGCGCCCGCCAUGCGUCCCGUGUUCACGCAGCCGCGGAGCGCACCGCGUCCGGAAUCCGUCUCCUUGUCCUUGGCCAGAACGGCGUCAAGGUCAAGUUUGCCGGUGUCCGUCGCCGCCUCAUGACCGGCACAGUAGAGGAGUUUGAUGGACCUGUCGAGGUCGACUUCUACGGCGCCACCGUCGCAAUCCGCGUGCAGGAGCUUGAGAUGGAGGUUGAGGAAGACGAGGACGAAGAGCGUGAACGCGCUCUGUUCACGCCUGAGCCUAUCGUUCACCGCCGUGCGGUCACUCCUCUGUCACUCCCUCCAUCGUCACCACCUGUCCUCGCGGAGCACUUCUCGGAAGAGGAGGAGGAGGAGGAUGAGGAAGAUGAGCCCAUGCUCGGCGAGCCCAUCGUCCUCGCCCCAACACCCGGUGCCGCGUCUGGUUCGCCCUCCAGCUCGCGCGCUAGUUCGCCGCUUUCUGACUGUGACGACUUCCCCGCCCCUGCCGCACCCAUCACCCCUGCUGCACCUGCGUUCCUCUCUGGCCCCGCACCUACCCCCGGCAUGUCCUCGCCACCACCCCGCUCGUCCCCUGCUCCGGCCGGUAUCCAGGUCAAGAAGGAGCUCGUCGCAUCAACCGAGGACAUUGUCAAGCCGGCAUCCCGCCCGGCGUCGCGUGUCGGUACCCCUGCCCCAACUCAUGGCGCCAAGUCGCGCCCUGCCACUCCUCCUCUCGAGAUCCCUCCUCCCCCGGCGGACAUGGAUCUGGCCGCGCUCCUCGUCAACACCAUCGUCUUCUCGGGUUCGUCCAAACUCAGCCUGCCCGACAUGGUCAAGAUGAUGCUCGAGUCCCAGCCCUCGCUCCGUGACAAGGGCAACGACGCAGUAUGGACCGCUUGGUGCCGUGACGAGCUCGACGAGAACCCCAUGUUCGGCAAGGUCGCGCGUAACGGCAAGGACUCGUCGGGCCGUCCCCUCCAGUCCCACUACUUCUACAACGCCGCCAGCGACCCCGACCCGGCACGCGCCAAGGAACUCGGCGGCCUCGUCAGGCCUCUCCGCGCUGCCCAGCGCGCAGGCGGCAAGGCCAUUGACUGGCGUCCGGUCGGCGCUGGCCGUAGGCGAUACUACUAG